GACGCCUUCCAGCUGGUUGCUGUAGUGGCGUUCGGUCGGAGAGGGACACAGUGAGAGACACCAGGGCAUGGACACCACCGAACUGGCGGCCAACAACUAGUUCACAGCAGUUCGAUAACUGGUUACAGUCAUACUAUUCUGUACUGCAGUUUUACAAUGGGGCAGUGUGGUAUAACCUCCUCAAAGACCGUGCUGGUCUUCCUCAAUCUCAUUUUCUGGGCUGCCGCUGGGAUCCUAUGUUAUGUCGGUGCCUACGUGUUCAUCACAUAUGAUGACUAUGACCACUUCUUUGAGGAUGUGUACACUUUGAUCCCUGCUGUUGUCAUAAUUGCUGUCGGUGCACUCCUCUUCAUCAUCGGUCUGAUUGGAUGCUGUGCCACAAUCCGGGAAAGCCGUUGUGGGCUGGCUACAUUUGUCAUCAUCCUCAUGCUGGUGUUUGUGACAGAGGUGGUUGUGGUAGUGCUUGGCUACAUUUACAGAGCAAAGGUGGAAGAGGAGGUCAAUCAUUCAAUCCAGAAGGUCUACAAUGAAUACAAUGGCACCAACACAGACGCCCCCAGUCGUGCUAUUGACUAUGUGCAAAGACAGCUCCACUGCUGUGGAAUCGCCAACUACUCGGACUGGAAGAACACACGCUGGUUUAACGAGUCUCGGAACAAUAGUGUACCAAUGAGCUGCUGCAAACCCAAUGCAAGCAACUGCACUGGCUCCCUUUCCCGCCCCGGAGACCUCUACCCUGAGGGAUGUGAAGCUCUGGUUGUGAAGAAACUGAAGGAGAUCAUGAUGUAUGUCAUCUGGGCAGCUCUGACAUUUGCUGCAAUUCAGAUGCUUGGGAUGCUGUGUGCCUGUGUGGUGCUGUGUCGUAGAGGCCGGGACCCUGCCUAUGAGCUUCUGAUAACCGGAGGAACGUACGCAUGAAUGAACUACUAAAGAACACACGCACACAUGCGCACACACACAGGGCUCAGGCUUGUGUCAGUGUGUGAUAGCACACUGGUCAUGCCCUCCUCUUUCAGCUACACAAGUUUAGACAGGGUCGCUCACACUGUGCACUGGUGAUGGGUGAAGCAAAAUUAGUGUAUUUUUAUUUAUUUAUGUGCUUCUGUAUGAACGGUUGAGUUUUAUUUUAAAUGUUUUUUUGUUUGUUUGUUUUUUUUUUCCUUUUCCAAAUUGCUAAAAGGCCAAACUGAGAAAUGGCGAACAACCAACAUGUUCAUGAGGUUUUUUUUUGUUUGUUUCUUCUUGGUUAUCUGAUAUCUGCAAGACUGAGCAUUUUUGCUCAUGUGAAAGAUGGCAUUAUUGUAAGGACAGAAAAUGUGGAAUUCAAGCUUUCCUCAUGUGUUAGUUUGCACUAUGUGUACAGCUAUUGAUUAUUUUAUCAGGUUUCGUUGAGAUCAUGCUUCUGAAUAUAUUGGGAUAGGUGAAGUCUUUAAUGGGUUAGAAGUUUGCUCUGCAUUGUUGCUGUCUCAGCUAUACCACCCAUCACCAGAAACACUGGCAGCAUCAGACAAGAUCUGGCUUGCUCAGCAACAUGACUCCAAUCUUAAAGUGAACUUUCAGGAACAUCUGUAAAUUUACCCCGGUAUUACACAUAAAACUAAUGUUUGUGGAAUACGCUACAUGCACUACCUACCAUGUAUUUUAUCAUUGUUUUAAUUUUCUUCCUUCCCAUGCUUAUUGUGUGGAGUUUAGUAUUCUGGGAAGUAGAUUUUAAAGUUGCUUUGGAGAAUCUAUAGCGAUGUAGAACAGCAUCAACAUUUGAAAUGAAUGUACAUAGAAUAAGGGAAAGCAAAUUAAACACGUAAUUUUGACAUCAAA